AUCCGUUUGCAACUGUUGGUCGCACUCUCUCCACCGCAAUCGCCGGCGAAGAUGGUUCCUCUAACCCUUCCCUCGCCGUCGCUGAAUCGCUUCGUUUUUUUCUCCUCUCUUUGCAAUUCGUCUCCAUUUCUGCGAAAUUUCACUUCUCUCCCUUUAAUCCACCGGAAAUUACCCUACACACCAUUUCUCCCCCUACGGUGCUAUGCCGGUGGGGACAAAGGGUCUUCCUCCUUCACGGCAAAGCCUUCGUCGGAGAUUCGAAGAGCCCGAUCCCACACGAAGCCUGACCAGAAGCUUGACGCGCUCCGUCGGUUAUUCUCGGAGCCGGGUGUUGGAAUCGAUGCUUAUGUUAUUCCUUCACAGGAUGCCCAUCAGAGCGAAUUCAUUGCAGAAUGCUAUGCAAGGAGGACUUAUAUAUCAGGUUUCACUGGAAGUGCCGGUACUGCUGUUGUCACCAAAGAUAAAGCAGCUCUGUGGACAGAUGGACGUUAUUUUCUUCAGGCGGAGAAGCAAUUAAGCUCUAGCUGGAUUCUCAUGCGUACUGGUAAUCUGGGAGUUCCUACGGCAAGUGAAUGGAUAACAGAUGUUCUAGCUCCCGGUGGAAGAGUUGGUAUUGAUCCUUUCCUGUUUUCUGCUGAUGCUGCUGAGGAAUUGAAGGAGGCUAUAGCAAAAAAGAAUCACGAGCUUGUGUUUUUGUACAAUGUAAAUCUUGUGGAUGAGAUAUGGAAAGAGUCAAGGCCGAAGCCUCCUAGCAAACCAAUAAGAGUACAUGGCUUGAAGUAUGCUGGUUUAGAUGUGGCAUCAAAAUUGUCUUCUCUGAGAGGUGAACUCAUGGAUGCUGGUGCGUCUGCCAUAGUGAUAUCCAUGCUUGAUGAAAUUGCAUGGGUGCUUAAUCUGAGAGGGAGCGAUGUUCCACAUUCACCUGUUAUGUAUGCAUAUUUGAUCGUGGAGGUUGAUCGUGCCAAGCUCUUUGUGGAUAAUUCUAAGGUAACAACUGAGGUGAGGGAUCACUUGGAGAAGGCAGGUGUCGAACUCAGACCUUAUGAUUCUGUUCUUUCGGAGAUAGAAAGUUUGGCACAGCUAAGGGCUCAGCUCUGGAUGGAUCCAUCAACCCUCAAUAUAGCUAUUAUUAGUACCUACAAAACGGCAUGUGAGAAAUACUCAGGGAAGUCUGAAGGAAAAAACAAACCUAAGACGAAGAUAGCCGAUGACUCCAACGGGUACUCUGCCAAAUCCUCGGGGAUUUUCAGGCCGUCUCCUAUCUCAUGGGCAAAAGCCAUUAAAAACGAUGCUGAGCUACAAGGAAUGAAGAACUCACAUUUGAGGGAUGCUGCUGCUCUUGCUCACUUCUGGGCUUGGCUGGAUGAGGAAGUACACAAGAAUGACCUUACGGAGGUAGAUGCGGCAGAAAAACUCCUUGAAUUCCGUUCCAAGCAAGACAGUUUCAUGGAUACAAGCUUCGAUACAAUAAGCGGGUCUGGUGCAAAUGGUGCUGUAAUACAUUAUAAACCUGAGCCAGAUAGCUGCAGUGUCGUAGAUCCUAAGAAACUAUUCCUACUGGAUAGUGGCGCACAAUAUGUUGAUGGAACAACGGAUAUUACUAGAACAGUGCACUUUAGUGAGCCUACUGCCCGGGAAAAAGAAUGCUUCACCCGAGUUUUGAAGGGACAUAUAGCCCUUGAUCAAGCUGUGUUCCCAGAGGGCACACCUGGUUUUGUGUUGGAUGCAUUUGCGCGUUCUUCUCUAUGGAAAAUUGGACUUGAUUAUCGGCAUGGAACGGGACACGGGGUAGGUGCUGCCCUCAAUGUGCAUGAGGGCCCUCAAAGUAUUAGCUUUCGAUAUGGAAACAUGACACCUUUGCAGACAGGCAUGAUAGUAAGCAAUGAACCAGGAUACUAUGAAGAUCACGCUUUUGGCAUCCGAAUUGAGAAUCUCCUCGUCGUGAAAGAUGCAGAGACCUCAAAUCGCUUUGGGGGAGUCGCAUACCUCGGGUUUGAGAAGCUAACGUUCUUCCCCAUCCAGACCAAAAUGGUUGAUGUAUCUUUGCUCUCUGAAACUGAAAUUGAAUGGCUCAAUAGUUACCACACCGAAGUGUGGGAAAAGGUUUCACCAUUGCUGGAAGGUGGUUCUUCACGUAAUUGGCUCUGGGAAAACACACGACCAUUGGCCAAGCUGUGACCUUUCUCUCUUCUUCUUCAAGCUGGCAGGACCAGGAACUUCCUUGUACCUAAACCUGCACCAGAAGUAACAGUAGGAUGGUAUGGACGUAGCCAUUAGCCACGGCCCACUUCAUUCCCCCCAAGGACAUGGAAAUAUUUGUAAUCUAAGAAGGGUCAGAACCAGAAUCUGCGUCUUGUAUUUCAUCUUUUAGUGUUGUAAAUUACAACAAAGAUGUGAUAUUAUUUACUUUUGUCU